CUUGCAUCAAACAUUUCACUGGACCUACUCCGUACCUCUACGUGCCUCACACACUCACUCACUCAAGCAGAGGCUUAUUCCGCGAUACGAUGAUGCCUCGAUUGACAUGACGACCCAACGCGAACCGCCUCCAUGGCUAAUGAUCACACUGGUUGUUCUUUACUACAUCCUCUACCCAGUCGUCCUACUAUUCAAGGCACUUUGGUACAUUCUAUUGCUACUGUCCACCCCAAUUAUAUACAUUGGACGCGUAGUCCUUGCUGUGUCACUAAUCCCAUGGCGCAUGUUCACCCGUUUCGAGACACUCUGGUACUUCAUCGGUAGCGCAAUCUUCCUCGGUGUCCUUUUCGGUCUCAUCCUGCAUUUCACCAUGCGCGCCUUUGUCCUAAUCUUAAGACUCGACCGCGAACCACCGCCAAAACUCAUAGCUCCUAGCGGCCACGACGCUGUAUCGUACAGAAAGGCACGAGAAGCAAAGAAGCGAAAACAGCUGGAGGAACAACAAACACUGGCCACACAAGCUAGGCUGAUGGCAUCCCAGCCGUUACUUCAAGAGGCUGUGCGAGAAGCGAGAAAGAUGCCGUUAUCCAGCACACCCGUCAGCCCAAUAAGUCCUGGUAUCUCUGGGUCAAGCAGGCCAGGUCUUCUGCAAGAGACAAUCCUCGAGCAUAGCGAUGAGGAUGACGACUCGUCUGUGUUUUGACAUUACCGUAUGCCAGCUUUGACAAGAGCUUUCUGAAACAUAUCCUUACAUUGAACCCGACUGCCCAGUCUGGCACACAGAAGGAACGCUCCGCUCAACUUCCGAUGUAAACUAUACGUUUCCUCGGGUGGCGGUGCCAGCCUCUCUUUGAGCAUAACUGGUAUCAGGCCACGGACCCGAUCGGUGAUUGUCUGAUUCUCAAAAUCAUAGACAUCAGGAGCAGAGUCCAUGAAAGGCUCCGCCAAUGUCAUGACUGAAUCGAUGUGCGCGUUGAGCAUCGCUCUGGACUCGUAUCCUGUAAGGUAGCCGAGCUGUAUUGACAGAUCUCCGCAAGCUUUCCUGUCUUUGCGCGAAGCCGCAUCGAGUACUUUGACAUAAAGGUCGAUGAAUUCAGCCGGGUAUUCCCUGGACGCUCCAAAGUCCAACAGCUCAAGUUUAUUCGUGGUAGCAUUGUAUAGGAAAUUCGUCCAGUUCGGAUCCGUUUGCAUAUAUCUGAACUCGGUGAUCUCCCGCAGACAUAGUCG